AUGGCAGCCUUAAACAACGGGAUAUCAGAUGGUACCGCAUCCAACGGCCUAAUCAAUGGCCAGCCGCGUGUCCGUCUUCUCCCGCUUUCAUAUGACGGCCAUAACUCAGAGGAAUCGGCGAGGCAGCUCAUUUACGCCAUCUUGCCAGAAUGGAAUAGCCCAGAUGCCAAUGUCAAGUUCGUCAAGUGUACCGACGGUAUCACCAACACGCUUCUCAAGGUGAUAAAUCAAGUUCCCGGUGUGUCCCCCGACGAAGUAGACCGGGACGCCGUCCUCCUCCGCGCCUACGGCCAUGGUACCCACGUCAUCAUCGACCGCCAGCGCGAGGCAGAAAACCACGAACUUCUCAUGGCUCACGGCCUGGCCCCGAACUCCUCGCCCGCUUUCAAAAUGGACCUCAGAAACCCCGACAUCUACAGGCCUGUCGCCAGGAGGCUUGCCGAGUGGCAUGCGACAAUCCCCUGCAUACCCUCGACUCCAUCUCCUCACGCCAACGGGAGCGGAGAAAGUGAAGCUUCGAGAAGGCGCGCGUCCAUCGACGGGGCCGCUCCCGGAAAGCCCGCACCUAACAUGUGGACAGUAAUGCAGAAGUGGAUCUACGCGCUGCCAACCGAGACAGAGCAACAGCGCAAGCGACAGAUCACGCUGCAGACAGAGCUUAACGAGCUCAUAAAGAAGCUGAGCCAACGGCCUGGUCUGGGAGAGAACGGGCUUGUCUUUGCCCAUUGCGAUCUCUUGCAUGGCAACAUCAUCAUACAACCCAAGGGGACAUCUGAGCCCAAAACUACUGAAGGUAAUAUUGUCAGCUUCAUCGAUUAUGAGUAUGCCGCCCCCUCACCCGCCGCAUUCGACAUCGCAAACCACUUUGCCGAGUGGGCUGGUUUUGAGUGCAGAUAUGACCAGCUUCCCACCAAGUCAGAAAGACUCGACUUUAUCCACCAUUACAUAGAAUCCUACUUUUCGUUCACCAAGGAUGCUUCCACGGAGAUAGAUCAGGAGGCUCAGAAACUAGCCGAAGAGGUUGACGUCUAUCGAGGCAUCCCGGGCUUCUAUUGGGGUAUCUGGGCUCUCAUCCAGGCCGUCAUAUCUGAAAUUGACUUUGACUACGCCAACUACGCCGAGCUACGCCUAGGGAAUACUGGGCCUGGAAGGCCGAGGCAGACGGCACCCGUACAUCCCAAGGAUCUGAGAUGCCCUUGCGUGAGAAGAGCGCGCGCGACGUCCGACACUCGUCGUCAGACCUCUCGCGACCACCCUCCCGCCGUCCUCAUCGACCCCCAGCUCGCUCAGCAAACGUCUUUGCCUGCCCCGAAGGAGGCGGACGACCCAUGGACCCUAAGCCAAGACCUCCGCAGUGUAGGAAACGACUCUCGCAAAUACGCGGCGCAGACCCAAGGCGGGCUCAGCAACGGCGCCUUGCGCGGAUCCCUGCUGAACGACAAGAGCUUGCUCAUCAUCUUUGCUCGGGCAUCGGCCUUACCCUGCCCCGUGCUCCUCAAGCUUGAUGAUCAAAAGACCAUGCACUUGCACUAG